UUUAAAAUCCGCAAAAUGCUCAAUCCCACAGUAGCCCAAUUGAUCGUCCGGCUGUUGAUUAUAUAAAUUGGGCUGACUAACAAACAAAAAUCGACAUUAAUAGCCCAUUAUGAUCGGAGAUCUCAUUACAAAAUCAAACUAAUGCACGGAGAAAGAGAAUGACAUUUUAUCCCUUAAAUUUGAUUUGGUCUAUUAUUUGGUUCGAUUUGAUCCAAAAAAUCCGGAUAUCCACAAAGUUUCGGAACAGAUCAAAUAGCAAAAAUCAAUAUUCGUUAAAAAUGAAGUAAAUCACAAAUAUUAAAAUUUUAAUAAGCGGAUAUCUGAUCCGCUCCGACAUAUAUAUAAACACACACACAUAUAUAUAUAUAUAUAUAUAUAUAUUGAUUGAAUGUACAUUUUUAAAUGUAUGAGUUUAUAUAAUUGUUUUUAACAUAUGAUUUAUUAAAUCAAAAAAGAAAAGAAAAUUUUUAUGAUCUCUAUAACUUUUUCUUAAGUUUGUCUUUCUUAAAACUAACCUUUUAAAUUUACAAACAUAUAGUUUCAGUGCUUCUUUUAUUUUUUAUUUUAUAUAUCAUGUAAAAAUAUUUUGAAAAACAAAUUUAUUUCAUUUUUUUAGAUUAUUUAUAGUAAGUAAAACUGAUGGAUAUAUCCGUUAGUAUUCGUAAAUAUCCGCAAAUAUCUACAUAUUUUUUAGAUAUCUUCCUUUUCGGAUAUCCGUUAUGAAGAUGUUAUUACAUGGCAUAUUUCCGACUAAAAGAUUCUAAAAUCAUCACAUAAUUAUAUAACACUUUUUUAAGCCUUCAACACACACCGGAAUAGUACUAUGUUGACACAAAUUUAAACGUGCACCCAAUCAAGUCUCUUCCCUUCAGCCUCUAAUGGACACGUAUCUUAUACUAAUUUUAAAAAUAUUUCUGUCACAUUUGUUCUAUAUAUUUAACGUCAUGUCUUGAGAUCAAAACCUUUACCAACGAAACAACGCCCGAAUCAAGAAAAGCUUUUGAUAAUGACAUCCUCAGGCACCGGCGCUUCCUUCCUCCUCCUUCUUGCGCUGGUGAUGGUUGUGGCCACUUCUGAUUAUUACGUGCCACCACCAACCACGCACACUCCUUCACAACCUUACGUCCCGCCCGCCACCUUCACAUCUCCGGUUAAGACUCCAUACUUGCCAAAACCAAACACUGAAAUCGCCAUCGAAGGUCUCAUCUUCUGUAAAUCUGGCAACGAAACCUACCCUCUCCAAGGUGAUGUCAUGUACUUGACAGGGGCCAAGGUUAAUGUUGUGUGUCCUAUUGUGGACUCAAACGGAAGGCUAGUGGCUAAGGCUACACUCUCGAGCUACCCAACGGACUUGAAAGGAUACUUCUACUUCAUCACAUACGGACUCUCCCACAAGGUGAAGAGCAUCAACGGCUGCAAAGUGAAGCUUGAGAGCUCUCCGGUCUCCACGUGUAAGACUCCAACAAAUGUCAACAAAGGUGUCACCGGAGCUACACUCUCUUCUGACAGCUCCAAGUUCAUUAGCCGCGACAAUUUGGACCUAUACACCCUUGAACCUUUCUAUUUCUCUAGCCCAGUGUCUCCCAAACCGGUUUACUAAGAAUUAUAAUCGAUCAUUAGACCGCGGUUUUAAAUAUGUUUUUGUAUAUAAUAUAUUGUUCGCUCUUACUGUAAUCUAUUCUCGUUCUUUGAUUCCUGGCCAUGUUUGCCAUUUUGAAUAACAAUACAUAAUUCAAAUUAAACCUUAGUUUCCUAGCAAGAAUAAGAUGCAAACCAGAAGACAACAAGAUUUUACUUUGAUACUCGCUAUAUCACAUUUAUAUAUAUACUCAAUACUGAAAAAUUAAUUAUAUAUAUUCAUCAAUAUAUUUUGGGUGAUCAUCUCUCAUCUAAUGCCCGUCAGGCUAAAAAAGGUUAUUGAAAUUUAAAGCGCUUAACUAUGAAAAUAUUAGACACUCACGCGGUUAACUAAUUUGUAACUAUUUCCAAAAUUUACGGCUAUUCAUCAGUAAAUUUUUGAAAGUAUGAAUGUAGAACGAAAUUUGCAUCCUUCAAGAGUUUAGUGCUUCUUUUCUUUGAGAAUCAAAAAAGGGAUUUACAAUCAGAGUUGAUGAAUAGCCAGAGAAUCUCCUUCACAUAAUCAAAAAAGUAAUCAACGUAGUAUGUGAUUUGGCGGGUCACAUAAUCAACCUGUGUACCACCUUUGGUCGUGGCUAUGCAGUUGACAAAGCUGGCCUUUAUAACAUAGCAACAUCAAUAAUAUUUUCUGCUUUUACUCAAACCUUCAAUAGUAAAGUAAAGAUCAGCCAAUCAAAAUUACAACCUACUGAAACUGCCCC